CCUCUCUCCUCUGUCGCCCUCCAAUGCCCGACCGGAAACAUCUGUCAUAAUUAUGUGGCUACAGGCGACGCUUCUCUUGCUCGCCUCGUGCGUUCCCUCGUCCCUGGCCAUCUACCGGGACGAGGUCAACCAUGUCGACUACCAUCACGCACUGCUCGGCUUUCCCACAUCCCAAUCGACCUUCUUCCUCAAACCGUCCGCUUCCUCCAAUGCCUCCUUACUCUAUACACUCUCGGAGAAGUCGCUGCUCGGUGCUGUGAACCCCAGAGACGGCUCCCUUGUCUGGAGACAGAACCUCUCGCGUUCUGAUCUGCCCGCUGCUGGAAACAAUCCCCACGGUCUUCUCCGCGCCUCCGAAGGCACAAACGCCCUGGUCAGCGCGCUAGGCGAUUACAUUUCUUCGUGGACUGCUCUGGAUGGAAAAUUGAUCUGGGAACACUGGUUUGAGGGCGAAGUGCUCGCUGAUCUCGAGCUUCUGGAGCUGGAGGAUGUCAGUGCGGCUCCGUCGACCAAAGACAAUGUGGCGCUUUGGAGCGGAAAGGCUGGCGUUGUCCGAAGGCUAGAUGGAGAUUCGGGUCGGACGAAGUGGGAGCACUUGGACGAAAGCGGCGAUAUUCCCCUCCAAUUGUCGUCAUCGGCCACCGAGGUCUUCUACGUCGCUCUGCAGCCCUCCUCCCGGAAAGGAUACAGAAUCAAGGUUACUUCUUUGGAUCCCUUGACCGGUCGCCAAACUCGACAGCAUAUUCUGAGCUCGGAAAGCGACUUGUCUAGCACCAACUCAGUCCUCUUCGUGGGCGCGAACACUGCCGCACCCAUGAUUGUCUGGGCGGAUCAGUCAUUCAAAACGCUCAAGGUCAACGUCAUCGGUACGAAACAGGUACACUCGUUCGAUAUUGAAAAUACAAGUGGUGAGAGUGUCAGCUCCAUCACGGUUCAUGCUCCCAAGAAGCUCGAAUCGCUGCCGCAUUUCCUGGUGCACUACGAGACGGAGUCUACCACUUGGGCGGAAGUUUAUCACGUUGACUUGAAGUCCGCUUCGGUGACCAAGGCCUACGAACUUCCUCGCUUGCAGGGAUGGUCCGUUUUCUCGACGAGCAACAAGGAUGCCAACGUCUACUUCACCCGCAUCACUCAGUCUGAGACCACUGUCGUCUCUUCUGUCUCUCACGGAGUAUUGGGAAGAUGGGUCCACCAAGCUCCCCCUAUGGAGCAAGCUUUGCAUUCUGUAUCGGAGGUCGUUGCCAAGGAUAAGAGCGUUGCUGUUCGGACGGCCGCUGCCUUGGAAUCUGGCGACUGGCAAUUGAUUCGCAAUGGCCAGACCGAAUGGACUAGAUAUGAAGCUCUGUCGGGUGCUCUGGCCGCUACUUGGGUCCAGGAGGCCGUUCAGGAGGAUCUGGCUCAUCAACUGGAAGUUGAGGGUCACGAAAGCCUUUACGGGGCCUACGUGCACCGCGUUAAGCGUCACGCCAGAGACCUUCAGCAUCUUCCUGAGUGGCUGAAGGGGCUGCCCAAGCGCAUUUUGACCAGUAUCUUGACCGAUGAGGUCUCCAACCUCGAUAGUUUUGGUAUUGUCAAGUCUGUUAUUGUGGCCACAGAGAACGGAAGAGUCUACGCCCUUGAUGCCGCCAAGCACGGCGCCGUGUCUUGGAAGGUCAAGGCUGCGGAAGCGGACUCGUGGAAUGUGAAGGCUAUUCUGGCCCAUCCUGGCACUGCUACGGUGUAUGUCGAUGAUGGCAGCUCUGUCACUCUAGAUGCCUCAUCUGGCGAGAUUCUGGCGCGCACCCCGGGCACUGCAAAGAUCCGCUCGGUUGCCGUCGCCCACGAUGGCACCGCUCCCCGUACCGUCGGCAUUAAGGACAAUGGUACACCCUUGGAGUCUAUUGAUGGCCCGGGUUUCUUCAUAACGCUUAGCGAUGAUGGCCGUGUCCUCGGAUGGGCUGCUCGCGAUAACAAGCACCCUGUCUGGCAGUUCCUGCCCACCUCAGGCGAGAAGAUCAUCCACGCCACCGCGCGGCCCUCCCACGAUCCUGUUGCCUCUAUCGGUAAAGUCCUGGGCAACCGGUCUGUUCUCUACAAGUACCUAAACCCCAACCUCGCCCUCAUCACCGCCGUGGGUGAGAGCUCUGCUACCUUCUAUCUCCUUGAUGCCAUCUCCGGCAAGAUCCUUCACUCCAGCACCCACCAAGGAGUCGACCCCACACAGCCCAUUUCCUCCGUUGUCUCGGAGAACUGGUUCGCCUACUCCUUCUGGGCAGACACUGUCGACUCUUCCAGCGCCAAGGGCUACCAACUGGUGAUUUCCGAGCUAUACGAGUCUCCCGUUCCCAAUGACCGCGGCCCGCUGGACGCAGCCUCCAACUACUCUAGCAUCAGUGACCUCCCUCUGCCCCACGUGAUCUCGCAAGCCUUCAUCAUCCCGGAACCUAUCUCUCACAUGGCCGUCACUCAGACCCGCCAGGGCAUCACCACUCGCCAACUCCUCUGCACUCUUCCCUCCUCAAACGCCAUCAUCGGCAUUCCCCGUCCCGUCCUUGACCCCCGCCGUCCUGUCGGCCGGGACCCCACCUCCACCGAAGCCGAAGAGGGUCUCUUCAAGUACAACCCCUUCCUCGAGUUCGAUGGCAAAUGGUACCACACGCAUUCCCGGGACGUCGCAGGUAUCAAGAAUGUCCUUUCCGCCCCGACCCUGCUGGAAAGUACUAGCCUGAUCUUCGCCUUUGGCGGCGAUAUCUUCGCUACACGGGCAACUCCCAGCCAGGCAUUCGAUGUCCUGGGCAAGGGAUUCUCCAAGUUGCAACUGGUCUUGACUAUUGUGGCGUUGACGGCUGGUGUGAUUGUUCUUGCUCCGAUGGUCAAGAGAAAGCAGAUCAACAUGAUCUGGAAAUCCACAUAAACACUAGUCUGAUUUAGUUUAACUUGCGUUGCGAUUGAUGUAUUAUAGCGAAACGUUAGGAUGGGAUAGGACGGGAUUAGGGUGGUAGUAGAUGAAGCUGCUCACCUACCUACUUGCCUUUACCUACUACUACCAUUUACUUUAGAUAUACGAUACGAUGUAAAGACGUAAUAUAAC